AUGGUGGCUGAAUCUUUAGCAGGAACACAUGAUCUCGAAGCACCUUCUUCAACCUUGGAGCAAUUCGCCCUGAGUGAGGACACGAAGCAUUCGAUACUUGAUCAGCACAACGAGGAAAAUAUCGCGACCAAAUGGGAGAUAUGGGCAUAUUAUGCUUAUUACGUUGGAAAUAACGGUCUAUCGUUAUUCAACUUUGCCCCCACAGCCUUCCAAAAUCUUCUAUAUGAAGCCGCGGGAGACUCCAAUAUUCUACUCUUCGCGGGGAAAUUCCGCUCAGUCGAAAGCAUCGUCCUCCUAUGCAAUGGAAUUUCUUUCGCUAUUCAAAUCGUGAUAUUUGUAGUGAUCGGCAGCUUUGCUGAUAUUGGAAACUGGCGUCCAAACAUCCUGAUUGUUCUCUCCAUCAUUGCCUAUGCCAUAGGGUUUGCCUGGUUAGGCGUUCACACCAAAGAAAAAUGGGAGAUAGGUGUUGGACUGUACAUCGUGGGACUUAUUGCCUACCAGACCACACUGACCUUCUGGACAGCUGCAUUCCCUUCACUUGCGCGGAAUAGUGCUGAGAUGAGAGAAAAGGCUAGUGAUUUUGCGCAUGGCAAUAUUUCCCGCGAAGAGUACGACUAUGCCGAUACCAUGAAGAGAAGCCAGCUUGCAAAUGUUGCAUUCUAUGUUCAGUCUGUUGCCGAAAUUGUCAUUCUUGCUGUCAUAGUUGGCAUCAUGUUCGGUAUUGAUGUUAAUACUAGUGAAGCAAAAAACAAUUGGGGCCUGAGCGUCCUCAUUGCCUUUGCGAGUGGUGUGUGGCUUCUUGUUUCCUUGCCGUGGUUCCUUCUGGAAAAAAAGCGACCUGGACAAGAUCCUGGCUCUAAAAAUAUCAUCAUGGCAGGCUUGUCGCAACUUUACUUUGCAAUGAGUCAGGUGUGGAAGCUGAAACAGAGCUUACUCUAUCUUAUCGGAUACUUCUUGUUGGGCGAUUCUUUGAAUACUACGGUCACUGUGAUAUCGACUUUACAAAAUAGCUUGGUGGCAUACAAUACAUUACAAUUGACAUAUCUUUUGAUUGUGGGGAUUGCAGCUCAGGCCGUUGGCAUAUAUCUUUUCUGGGCUAUUCAACAGCGAUACCGUCUUGGGACGAAGACUAUGUUCAACUUCAUCGCUUUCGGUAUUGUUCUCCUGGACGGCUGGGGAAUGAUAGGAAAUUGGACAACCAAGUUUGGCUUUCACCAUGUGUGGGAGGUCUGGGUCUACCAGGCAUUCUAUGGAUUGUUGAUCUGCCCUUGGUAUAGUUACUCCCAGAUCAUGAUCUCAGAGGUGACGCCCCGAGGGUACGAGUUCCUUUUCUUCAGUCUUUUCAGUAUUGUUGGAAAGACGUCGUCCUUCAUAGGUCCUCUCGUAUCAAGUGCAAUCAUUGAUGCGACACCCUCUGGCAAUGUGUCUGCACCAUUUUACUUUUUGUUUGGGUUGAGCUUGUUGAGCUUUAGUAUCUUGGUCAUUGGAGUAGAUUUGAAAAAGAGCCGGGCGGAACAAGAACAAUUCCUAAGGAAAAAAGAGCGGAGAUGA